AUGGCCGCCCCAAGCAACAUGCAUAACCUUACAACCCUCAUCAAACGACUUGAAGCCGCGACCUCACGCCUCGAAGAUAUCGCGUCGUCCACGGAGCUUCCCAAAGAUGUCCCGGGCCUUGGACAGCCUGCGACCCCCGUAUCGGUAUCCGAACCGGCUGCGGCACCGCCGCCCCCCGCCGUCCAAGAGCCUCAGGAGGCGCUGCCCGAGUCGAUAGAGGAUUUCGACACUUUUCUGAACACCACCCUUGCCAAAUAUGUCAAGCUCAGCAAUGAGCUUGGAGGACCUGUUGCCCAGCAAGCCGCCGAGGUUCUCAGGGGGUUCCAGGAACAGCGCAAGUUCCUGCUUAUCGCUUCCAAGGCCGCGAAGCCAGCCACCUCAGGAUCGAGCUUGGUCGUCUAUCAGAAUCUGCUGAAGCCCAUCACGGAAGCGCUCAUGGCCGCAACUGAGAUUAAAGACAAUAACCGACCCGACCCAAUGUACAGCAACCUGAGCGCCGUUGCAGAUGGAAUCAUGGUUCUGGGCUGGGUUACGAUUGACCACCGGCCUUACAAUCAUGUCGAAGAGUCCUUGAGCGCCGCGCAAUUCUUCGGAAACAGGGUUCUGAAGGAGCAAAAGGACAACGACCCCAGACAGGUUGAGUGGGUGCAAUCGUUCUAUCAGAUCUUCCAUGACCUCGGCGACUACAUCAAACAGCAUCAUCCGCAAGGAGUCGCUUGGAACCCCAGAGGAGAGCCUGCCGAGGAAGUUGCCAAGUCUCUGGAUUCCAGCAAAGAAUCACAGCGACCCCCUGCAAUCGCCGGCUCUUCUGCUGGCGGCGCUCCCCCGCCCCCUCCCCCGCCUCCGCCACCCGGCCCGGCCCCUAUCCUGGAUAUCGGCUCUGAUUCCGCAAAGCCAUCCGGGGGAGCGCCUGCUGGGGGCUUCGGGGCUGUCUUCUCCGAGCUGAAUCGAGGCGAGGAUGUCACCAAGGGCCUGCGUAAGGUGGACAGGUCAGAGAUGACGCACAAGAACCCAUCUCUGCGCGCAGGAUCCACAGUCUCCGACGGCGCCAGAGCAAAGAGCCCCGUGCCCGGCAAGAAGCCCAAGCCUGAGAGCAUGAGAGCCAAGAAGCCUGCCAGGAAGGUGCUCGAGGCCAACAAGUGGACUGUCGAAAACUACGAGAAGGAGGCUCAGCCCGUGGAAAUUGAGGCAUCCAUCACCCACUCCGUGCUGAUCAGCCGAUGCAACAACACCACCGUCAUCAUCAAGGGCAAGGCAAACCAAGUCACUGUCGAAAAUUCCACUCGUCUGUCUCUUGUCGUUGACUCGCUGGUCUCUACCGUGGACGUGGUCAAGGCAAACAACUUUGCGCUUCAGGUCCUCGGCACGGUGCCCACUGUCAUGCUCGACCAGGUCGACAGCGCGCAGGUUUAUCUCAGCAAAGAGAGCUCAACCACCAAGCUGUUCACUAGCAAGAGUGACGGUAUCAACUUGAACAUCUUGGCCGGACCCGACGACGACUACAAGGAGGUGCCGCUGCCUUCGCAGAUCUGCUCAUACUACAGCGAGGAGAAGGGCGAGUUGGUGAGCGAGAUUGUGGCCCAUGCCGGCUAA